AUGGUUCCUAGACCUCUCUUGAUAGUAUGUCUGCUUGCAUCUAGUGCUGAGGUUGUCUGGUCACAACCAUGGAAUCUUCAAUCAGAACCACUUGACCCGAGUCACCAAUUAGCUCUCAACCCCGAAUCUGUAAGACACGCUGAGCUGGAAAGCGAUCUCACGCGUGGAAAUGGCAUCUUUCGACAUAUGAUAGAAGCCCUGGAUGUUAUGCAAUUCCAGUUCUUCGAGCUAUGGAUAGGGACAUGGCCUUCGUCUAUCGAUUGGACUGGCGCGGUGAUUAACACUGCGGUUUCAACUACGUUGGGAACCAUUGCUAGAGCAAGCAGCGAGACCGAGGACAACCACUACUCGAAAAUAUUCAGCAAGUACUUCUCCCACAACGCAGCCUAUUACUUCGGAGAAAAUGCCUUCAGCAUCCGCAAUGAAGCCUAUGAUGACAUUCUAUGGACCACCCUGGAAUGGCUCGAGAACAUAAAGACAAUCGAAUAUCGCAACAGCACAGAGCCAUCAUGGCAUGGUGUCCAAUUCAUCCCUGCCUUCAGUCAUCGUGCAAGAUUAUUCUGGGACCUUGCUUCCAAAGGCUGGGACACUGAUCUGUGUGGAGGUGGUAUGCUAUGGAACCCCAGACUCUUGCCUUACAAAAAUACCAUCACCAAUCAACUAUUCAUCUCAGCCUCAGUUGCCAUGUAUCUUUCUUCUCCCGGCGAUGCAAUCGAUUUCCCAUUCUCAGCUUCCGACUCGCAAAUCUUUGGUUCUAUGCCAGGACGACCACAUGAUCCAAAGUAUCUCAAAGCUGCCAUCGAAGGCUACUCCUGGCUCAAGAAAAGCAACAUGACCAAUAUCAAUGGCCUAUACGUCGAUGGCUACCACAUCAAAGGCUACAGCCAAAACGGCAGCAUCGGCACAGGCAAAUGCGACGACCGCAAUGAAAUGCUCUACACCUACAACCAAGGCGUCAUUCUCUCCGGCCUACGAGGUCUCUGGGAGGCAACAGGAAAUACAAGCUACCUGCACGACGGCUAUAUUCUUGUACGCAACGUCAUGGCAUCUACAGGCUGGUCCUGGUCCGGAGACCCACAAUCCCCAAUCUCCAAAUCAUCCAGCUGGUCUGGACUAGGUCAAUACGGCAUCCUCGAGGAACUUUGCGAUCGUAGUGGUUCCUGUAGUCAAGACUCCCAAACCUUCAAGGGCAUUUUCUUCCAACACUUGACUCAGUUCUGUGAAGCUCUGCCAGAAGAAGCAAAAGCCCCUGGCAAAACUCAUGCAGCAAGCAAACGGCUCAGAGAAAAGCACAGUGCCUUCUGUAGAACGGUGGGCCUGUGGGUUGCUCAUAAUGCACAAGCGGCUCUGAGCACAAGAAAUGCAUCAGGUCUUUUUGGCACGUGGUGGNGGCAUAGAUAUGCUGCUGCCGCUCAUCCGCAAAGUCUUCCUGCCCACUCAAUCGACUACCGAAACGAUGCAGCUGUUUUGUCAACANAAGAGUGGGCAGCAUCGCAUAAUCGACGCUCAACAUAUGAUGCUGUCACCCAAGCAGCAGAAAGUAGUGAGGGCAUUUCGACGACAGACGUCAACGAUCGCGGUAGAGGUCGUACGGUAGAAACGCAACAGGGAGGUCUUGCUGUCCUUCGUUCAUCUUGGGAGCUACUGCAUUCAGGCAGAUUCUAG